GAGCAAGGGAUAAGAUUUUGAAACUGGUUUUGUGAGUCACAGCAAACUCUGAGCACCUGCCCAUUUGAGGCAAACUUCGCGAGCUUAGCUUGUGGGAACUUUCAGAGCAGAUCUGGGGGCUGGGACUUUUUCAGUGGCUUCAUCAACUCACAGCAGAAGCGAACAGCCUUGAGUUGAGGAAAUUGUGGCUGGACAGGCAGCCAGGCACUUCUCCCCUUCCUUCUCCUGCUGACUGGUGACAGUGAAGCCCGUGCACAGCUGAGUGUCGGAGGGAGCGAGGGGCCCCUUUGGGGAUGUUGGGGCUAGCUGUCACCCUCCUGCAUCUCUUGCUCCUCAAGGGGCAUCACGGCCAAGGAUCCCCAGAUUCUACUUACGAUGUGGUUGGUCUCUCGGGAAGGCCCCUCCCUCUACGGCCUUCUAAUACACAGAUGGAGAUAUCUUCUGUUCAAUGGAAGAUGCAGCUACUCUCAUGUCCAGAAACUUAUGUGAUACUGACUUGGAGGAAUAAUUCCACUCCGACGUAUGAAGAUUUAGCUCUUAAACAUUUCAACAAUACACUUGAUUUUAACUUUGAGAACUUAACCCUUCUCAUCAAGGCCGCUAAGCCACAGGACAGUGGUCAUUAUAAACUGGAGGUGACCAAUGAGUCUGGAAAGGUGAACGUGGUCCACUUCAAGGUUUUCGUAUUUGAUCAUGUUGAGCAGCCUCUCCUGCAGGAACAGUGGAAGGCCCUGGAAGAAAGGAAAUGCCAAGUGGUGCUGUCCUGCUUGGUCUCCAGGGACAGCAAUGUGACCUACACUUGGUACAGAGACAAUGAAUUGAUCUCGACGUCUGGGAACUUUACAUAUCUGGAGGUGUCGGUUGAUCCCAAUGACCAGAACACAUAUACCUGCAAUGUUAGCAACCCUGUCAGUUGGGCAAGCCAAACCCUCAACCUCACCCAGGGAUGUCUACGUGUCCCCCUGAGAUCCAGAAUUCUGCCCUUUAUGGUGAUUGUCAUUAUUCUGGCCAUACUGUUUAUUGUCACUUUCACUUGCUUCUGUGUGAGGAAGAGAAAGAGAAAGCAGUCACAGACCAGCCCAGAGACACCUCUGACAAUUUAUGAAGAUGUCAAAAACCCACAGAUGAGGAGGAAUGAACAGCAGGAAGUCCUUGAAGAAGGAAUCACCAUUUACUCUGUGAUCCAGUCCCAGCCUUCUUCUUCCACAUCAAAAGAAGCUACAAAUACGUUGUAUUCAGUUAUACAGCCUUCCAGGAAGUCCAGAUGCAAGGAGAGGAACCAUGACCCUUCCGUCAAUAGCUCCAUCUAUGAAGAGAAAUUCAGGCAUGGAUGUCACCUCUUCCUGUUAGCAUCAUACCACACCCAAGCCUCCAUCCAUGACAUGUUGUCUUUGAUUGCAUUGGAGAUGGCAGGUUGGAGCAACAGAGUCCAGAGCCCGUAACCCUGCCCGACUGAGCCGCAAAGAGCUGGACAACUUUGAUAUUUAUUCCUAAAUGCUGUAGCUCUUUUGGCCUUUCUUCCAUAUCCGCUUUGGUGCUGGGAAUCAGCGGAAUAGAUGUUGCCACAGGAGUUUUUUUUUUUUUUUUUUUUGGAAGAGUUCCUAGUUGGGAGAGGAUAUGAAAGUCUAUUCGUGGUCUUUAUUUUGUUUUGAAAAUGAUUUCUAACAGCCAUGAUACAAGCAAGGUUGUGAAAUAAUAUCUCCCAACUUAGAUACUAGACAAGAAUGGGUGGAGAGGUUGGGUUGACCACAUUCUGAGUACUUGUAAUCUAUAAAGUUAUGUAAAUGGAGGCUUGAGAUUCCCUUGUCCUGGUUUUCUAACCUGUUACUUGUCUCUCAUCCUCUCUGAUCUGGGAUGCUGGUCUAGACUGCGUUUCUAGACCCUCACCUCACCCAGGCCUACCUACCAAGCAAAAACAGGUGACAGUGACUCAGGGGAAGAGGAAGCAGGCUCCUCUGAAGCUGUACUUUCUGUUUGCUGGCAAGCAGGUUCUCACAGGUGGACCAGCACCUAGGCUGCAACUUGAAUGCAGGGGAAAAAAUUUUCCCCUACACCUCAACACAUUUACAGUGGCCGGUUGGUCACAAAGGAAGUGGGCAGACACAAGAACAGAGGGUGAUGAGAAGCAAACUCUUCAUUGGAAAGAAAAACCACCCAAAGCCUUUCUUGAGAACUGGGCAGUUAGACCAGUUUUGUCCAAAGUGUAAUGUUUGAUUUACAAAGACAUAUUAUUAGAAAUCUAUUUUGGCUCCUUUGUGGUAGAGGUCUGCCUUCUCUUCUUGGAAAACCCAUUCUAUUUAAGUUCUGAGUCCUGAUUAGUGUUGCCUUCCCACUGUAUACCUUGGAGGGAGGGCUUGGGUACUUGGGUGCUAAAAGAUGAGGCGGCUGGGAACCAGAUCUGUGCUGGGUGCCCCGAGUCUUUAGGCCGGCCCUCAACGAGGCUGGGACUCUGGAUGAGCCCAGGAGAGGGGACUCAGAGACGACAGCAGGUGAUAACUGCUCAUAGCCUGGCUCUUCAGUGUCCUAUCCUUCAUUUAAAAUAUGUGUUUAAUAUAAAAAUUUGGUGUUACACACAGGCAGCCUAAAUCCUUUGCCUGGGUUAAAUCUAUGUAUCUUCUCUACACUCUGCAUUUCUACACUCUAAAGCAGUCAAAGGGGACUUAUGGGCCAUCUACAAACACAUGUCUGUUUAAUUCUGUUGUAGAAGGCUGUUACAAGCCAUCCACGGGCUGUGUGUGUGAGCUGUUGUGCAUUGUAGCCAAAUGAGGGGAUAGGCCAGGCAUUGCGGGCUCUAUGUGAUCAGGGAGUGAUUGCAUGAUGCAGGUGUGCCUGCCCCUCUAGCUCUGCCUAAGAUCCCACACAGCACCUGAGAUGGGUGGGACUUGCCAAGAUGUCAAUCAAUCUGCUGACCACGAGACCUCACGAAGCAAGACUCCACCCUUGAAGUCUUAUCCCUGCCUCUGAUGUCCCCGCUAUAAAAUAAAGGAAACACGGGCUCAUGCUCUCUUUCCAGUGCUUUCUUUCCAGCAUGGAAACUGACCCUUAAGGUCACAGAGCCGUCCCGCCCUCCAUUUGAAAAACUUA